AUGAACUGGAUCGAUGGAGCGAUGGGAAGAGGCACUAUCAGCAAACCAGUCAGAUAUGAGGCUGUACUGUUUGAUCACGAGUGGGAUAAUCUGGAAAACGGCGGUGGUGGCCUUUCGAGGUCUAGAAACGGCUCGAGUGUUUCACUUUCGUCGAGUUUUGGUGCUAGUGGUAGUGCUGGAGGCAGCGGAAGCGGAAGUGGAAGUGCGGGUAUUGGUAGUCAUGGUCCUGGUAGCGGUGGUACUAAUACUCCUAGCAAUAAUAACGCUAAAACACUGUCUGCCGGUAACCACGAACUGCCGUUCGAAAUGGUCAUCCCAGGAGAUACUCCAGAAUCAAUUGAAGGGUUAGAAGGAGCUCAGAUGGUUUAUAGAUUAGUGGCAGUGGUUGAGAGAGGCCGAUUCCAGAAUAAUCUCGUGGCAAGAAAACAUAUCAGAAUUGUGCGAACUAUCGGUUCCGAUAACUUCGAGUUAUCGCAGACUGUGUCUAUUUCAAACACCUGGCCCAGUAAGAUCGAUUAUACUAUAGAGAUCCCAUCGAAGGCAGUUGCAGUGGGAUCCAGUUUCCCCGUCAAUUUCACACUUGUUCCGAUGCUCAAGGGACUGAAACUAGGUAACAUUAAAGCUCAGCUUGUCGAGUUUGUUACUCUAGCUACACCAAGUGGCAGUACUAGUAGUUCUGAAAAAAUUCGUCAUGAGUUAGUGAUUCCUGCACCGGAAGGUGGUUUAGAAGGACAAGAUUCAUGGGAAGUUAACGAGAUGAUUCAACUGCCUACGAGUUUAUCCAAAUGUACUCAGGACUGCGUGGUCGGCCAAUACAUUAAGGUUGCUCAUAAAAUUAAGUUUGCUGUAUGCUUGGUUAACCCGGAUGGGCAUGUGUCUGAGCUGCGAGCAUCUCUUCCUAUUUAUCUUUUCAUCUCUCCCAACGUCCCUAUUUCGUCACUUGAUCCUACCAUUUUACAGAUUCCUGGCAGUUCCAGACAGCCCGAAGAGGAAAUUUUGUUUUCAAAUGCCAGUAGUCGUGAAGCUAGUAGUACUGCUCUUAACAGUUUAGAUGGUGGUGCUCCUCCUAACUAUGAAGAUCAUGUUUAUGACAGACUAUGGAAUGGUAUUCCUACUCCUAGUUUAGAGAGUCCAGAAGGGAGUGUUGCUUCGACUCCAAGAUUACGGUCUCGUCGUAACUCUUUGGAUCAUGACCAUCUUAUGAUGACUGCAUUAGAUCCUGCUCAACGUUCUCAAUUAGCAGCGGGUCUUCGUGCUUUGGAGUUACAGCAACAAGCCAGCAGUGGUUCUCAGACUCCUGGUGUGGGUACUAAUCACUCGUCUGCCAGUCAGAGCGGUGAUAAUUCUCGAACUCCAUCUGGUGCGAACACCCCUCAUUUUGGUCCUAGUGAUUACUUCAGUCAUGGCUCGCAUUUCAGUCCCGAAAUAUCUCAUUUGUCACGAGUUGGCACUCCUGUUCUUACCCCUAGGACACCUGAUAUCGAUAUUAAUCUGCUGUCCAAGGUGCCGAGUUAUUCGACUGCUGUGAGAGAUGGUAAUGCCAGCGAUGGAGAGUGGGCUCCUGAUUAUGAGCCUGGUAAUGGCCCUUCGUCAACCUCACCUCCAUUGACAAUGCCAAGUUUAGCACACCUGUCGUCUACUCCUGGAAACUCGCUGCGUCGUGGUAUUGGCUCUGCGGGAAGCUCGCAUGUCAACUCACAUUCUUCUAGCUCACUCGCUCUGAAUACCCUGGCUCACGGACACCACAGUGGAAGUCAUAGUGCUAGUCAUAGUGGUAAUCAUACUGGUCAUCACAGCUCUAAUGGGUCUGGUAAUAUAAGUCGCAGCUCAUCAUCAACUGGUCUCAGUUUCAUGCACAGAAAUGGAAGUUCACGAUCUCUCUUUGACGAGGCAUCUCGACUUAUCAGACUCACUUCUUCUGAUAAGGCUGCUAAGAGGUCUUGA